GGGUCUUGCUGUAAUAACGAAAAUACUCAUUAUUUUCUGUUUUUCAGGACAGUAAACAACACUAUACAGUCAUGGCGGACGAUGAGAGAAAGCGUUUGGAGGAGGAAAAGAAGAAGAAGCAGGCCGAAAUCGAGCGCAAAAGGGCCGAGGUCCGAGCUCGUAUGGAAGAGGCCUCCAAGGCAAAGAAGGCCAAGAAGGGUUUCAUGACACCGGAGAGAAAGAAGAAACUGAGGGUAAGUAACUAAAUUCAGUAAAAAUAC